UCGUUCAUAUUUUGUAUGCUUUAGAAAUUGUGAUUAUUAAAAUUAAAAUGAAUAUGCACGUUGAAUCAGAACUUUUCAUUGAAUCCGACUCGGAUGAGAAUUCGGAUUACGACAAUGGAGUAAUCGAAGAAGAUUUAACUAAAAUUGAUGAAACAAUUAAAAAUGUAUCAAGAAAUAUGCGCAAAGGUGAUUGGACAUAUUUAUGCCGGCAUCCAGAAGUUCGCGCCAUAAUACGUGUCAUCGUUAUGGAAGCCAUCAAAAAAAAUCCGGAAAAUAUUUAUACAUUCGCCGCAGAUCUGUUUCAUUGCACCAAUAACAAAAAUAUUUGUAAAAAGAUUAACAAGCAAAUGAAAUGGAUCAAUAGGCAAGUUAAGAGCGGAACUUGGACACCGGCGGAUGGUUUAAUGCUCUUUCCGGAAACGAGCAGCUCAUCACUCAACUCAAAGAAGACGGAAUGUGAAGAGCCUUUUAAUAAGGAGGACAGCGAGUGUGACGAAAUUUUCCUAAAGCAUCACAUGUGUCCUGAUAAUUAUAAGCCCAGUUGUUAAAUUGCUGUCAUUAAAAUAUAAAAUUAUUGUAAAGUGAACGUAAAAAUAUAAAAUA